GUAAUUCUUACACUGUUGUUCACGAAGAUGUUCUGUUCCUGUGAGCACCACAUGUGCUCGUUUUGCACCUACAUCAGACCUAUUAACUGUUAAUGUGUUGUACUGACAUGACAUUUCAUUUCAAGACCAGGUGUGAGCUCUUUCCAUGGCCUCUGUCUUACAGCACUCUCUAUUAACGUCUUAUCUGCAACAGGACACACCUCUUUUAAUCUAACAAAGCAAAGCCUUUAUAAAUACAGGUACAAGGUCCAACACAGAUUAAAAGUGUUUCACUCUUUGAUGAAAGUUAAAUUCAAAGUUGCCAUCAGAAGAUAUUAUGACCUGUAUUAGUGCUGACAUGCAGUUGUUACUAAAUUAUUUUGCAGCACGUUUUAACACAUGUAUUUGUACAUAUUCUCAGAGUAAAGGGCAGGCUGACAAUACUUUUGAUGAGGAAAACCUGGUUAUAUGUGUCUUGGAUCUGUUUGUGGCUGGCUCUGAAACAACGUCCACCACCCUGCGCUGGGCUUUCCUCUACAUGGCAAAGUACCCUGAGAUCCAGGCAAAUGUCCAGGCUGAGAUAGACAGAUUGAUUGGACAGUCCAGACAGCCAUGCAUGGAAGAUCGGGCAAACCUGCCCUACACUGACGCUGUCAUCCACGAGGUCCAGAGGAUGGGAAACAUAGUUCCUCUCAGCCUGCCUCAUGUUACCAACAAGGCCGUCCAGCUGGGAGGCUACACUGUCCCAGAGGGAGUUACAGUAAUUCCCAAUUUGACCUCGGUGCUGUUCGACAAGAAUGAGUGGGAGACGCCCGUCACCUUCAACCCAAGGCACUUUCUAAAUGCGGAGGGAAAGUUUGUGAAGCGAGCUGCUUUCAUCCCUUUCUCUGCUGGUAAGCGGCUGUGUCUCGGGGAGAACCUGGCCAGGAUGGAGCUUUUCCUCUUCUUCACCUCCUUCAUGCAGCGCUUCACCUUCUCCAUGCCUGCCGGAGUGAAGCCUGUGAUGGAUUACCGCUUUGGUGUCACUCUGGCACCGCAUCGAUAUGAAAUCUGUGCAACCUCACGCUAA